CAUCUAUCACUGGCAUAUCCAUCUCGCCCUUGAGGAAUCGUUCAAGGCCAGCAACGUCCUGCUCAGUAAGAUCGAUCCCUGCGGUCUUAGCAUAUCCGACGAUAUUCGGUCUCCAACCUGGAACUUCUUCGAGCGGAAUCUCUGCGGGCCAGUUCGACCAUCUGAGAUGCAACGUCAAGACUAGAAUAUCAACGCUGCUACUCCCUCCUUCACAGGGAACCAUCAUUUGUGUGUUCGAAACAAGGAACGAAGCUGCGAUGGGGUUUGAUGGACGGUAGAGACUUAGCGCGGGACUUCGGUUCGCCGAAGUGAGACAUGCACUCUCGAAAUCUGUACCAUAGGCAAUGACCGCCGCAUCCUCCUGUGGCCUUUGCAACGCAUGGAAGUAGAGCUUGCCGGCUAUAUGGGAAACAUGUGAGUAAGUAUUCCUUCACUCGCCCGAAUGAAGGAGCAGGAGACCGAUUGAGGACAUCGAUAAGCAUGACAAUACCACACGCAAACAAUUCUGCGGUCUCUUCAGACCGGGUAUCGACCGCGAGACAUACCAAGGUGACCAAGCAACAUGCCAGGUCAGAGGGGCUUAUGGAAAAAAGGGCCCAGCAGCAUUUGUACUCGUCGCGUAAAGUUGCGAAAACGAAGUUCCUUGGCCUCCUCUACCUCGCACUGCCAUCAAUGGUUCUCGGCUGGUUCGCAGGUGUUAGCCAUGUCCAUGUCCAUACUGCCUUGCUAUUGAGAGUAUUGAAAGAGGAGUGCCUGUUUUGUGCAUCGAAAGCAGUUGAUGUGGGGUUAACGUGACGGUUUUGAUCGAAGUUGUAUUCUUUUCAUCGAAAGUGUCAAUGUGGAACCAGCUUGAGAGGAUUUGAACUGACUGAAUCGUCGAGAAGACACCUUGCGCGCAGUCGUGGCAGUAGUUUCAGGGUGACGCAAGAACAAACCUGCAAGUCGCUAAUGCUCUGCGCGUUACUUCACUCGA